UGUGAAAUCACAUGGCCCUUCGUGGAGGAUGACACUGGGUGUGUGACACGUCUGGAAGAUGGCAGUGUAAAGGUUUCCUCGGUAGAUGGACAUGCCCAUUUCUACAUGCCCAUCUCCCAGCAGGAGUUCACUGUGGAGUUUUUAUGUCAGCUCAGCUGUAUCCCCACAUCACAGAACAAAGAGAAACCAGUGAGUAGUGAUCCAAACCCAGCAAAUGAUAAAACUAGAGACCGUAAAAGAUGGAAAUAUUCCUCCUGUGUGCUGCAAGAAGACUCCCAGUCAUGUGUGACAAAGCAUGCCUUCGAGUAUACGUGGCUGGUGCAGCGCUACUCUACAGCAUCCUGUCCACUGUCAUUCCAACAUCCCAUGAACUUAGCUCUUCGUUUCCAUGGACAGUCCACACAUAAGAGAUACAGAGGGAUCUUCAGAUACUUGUACAAUUAUUGAUGACGAUGAAUGCUCCAAACAUCUCAGAAAAGGAGCUGUAUCUGUUUUACCACGUGCCAUGCCUCUCAGCUGUCCUGCACCACACAUGCACAGAUGGAAUUUUUCUAAUUUCACUUUGGAACAAGAA